AUGAAAAUUAAUUCACACCCAGAGAAAAAAUUAGAAGGAAUACUAAAACAAGAUAUCUUGUUUCAAAAGGCGAAAACAAUGAUUAAGGAAUUGAGUAAGAUUGUUGAAACUAUAAUUAGAGAGAGAUAUUUAAGGAUUACCCAGUAUGGAUUAUGAAGAAAGUUCAGCCAAUUUAUAUAAUUUCAUCGUUAAUCGGAAAGACGAGAAUACAACUAACUACAGCUCUAAGGCUCAUCCGUUAAAGAAGACAUAAAGAACUCUCUCAUUUGAAUUGAUAAAACCAAAAAUAUAAGAAACCAAGAUUAAGCAUUUGCGUUUUGGGAGUAGAGAGGGAAGGAGAAUGGACAGUAGAAACAAGUAAAAAAUCAGAAGAAGAAGUUGUUGUUGUUCUGAUUGUGGGCAUGACAACACUAAGAUCACACAUCUAAUGUACAAAGGAGCAACUUGUCAUCGUUAAGUAGAACAAGCAUAACAAAUAAAGAAAAAGAGGGAUUUUGUUGAGGACUCUCUCCGCUUUUGUAAAUAUUCCAAUAAUAACCAUAAGCUUAAAAAAUUGCAAGAAGAAUGAUUCUUAUAAGAAAUAGAUUAUCUUCUAAAACAAUAGUAUUUAGAAAACGUUGUAACUCCUGUGAUACCCGAUUAUAGAAGGAUAUUCUUGUUUAACAUAAGUCAGUUACUAUGCAGGUGCCUUAAAGAAGGGACACUCAUUCAAAAACCCAGAAGAGACAUACUGUAUUUGUGAAAAGACAAUAAACAAUAAAUGAUAAAUUGUUACUUAUACCAAUUAAAAAUCUCAAAGUGGUUUAAGAAAUAUAAUUACCAAAUAAAACUCUACCUACUCUACCUAGUAAUACAUCAUCGAAGAUAUUAAAGAAGAAACAUUUAAGUCGCACUUUCAUCCCAGUUAAUCGUUCUAUUUUACCUUAAGUGAGUCCGUCAAAAUUUAUAAUUAAUAACUAGAAAUCAAUAGACUGUUAAUUGAAAUCUCAAAUUAGAAAGGAAGUGAAGGAAUUAUAAAAACCACUUAGUGAAUCUAAAAAAAACUCAGUCGUGAGUCUUACUAAUCCAUAUCGUAAUAUCUCAUAAUUAGAUUACUUACUUAAAGUUAGAAGAAGACAGUGUAAUUAUUGA